AUGGGGCUUGGAGGAGAGUCUGUUGACCAGCUCUGCAAUCCUCUGACAGAUGUCCUCAAACUCAUUGAUCCUUGUCAAAAGCUUGCCAUCCAAAUCUUCAUUGCUCUUGAGCACUCAUUGGAGUCUGUGUAUGAGAAGAUAUGCAUUGGCAUCCAUGCCUGUUUUCCAGGCUCUGAACUUCCCUCAUUCUACCAGGUCAAAUGCCUCCUUGUGGACCUAACCAGAGUCAUGUCUAUCAUCAACCAUAUGUAUAUCAACUCAUGCACCACAUUUGUUGGUCCCUAUGCCCAUCUUGACACCUGCCCUGAAUGUGAUGAGCUGCACUAUGACCAAGUUUGA